AUGUCAGCUACCGAGUACCACAACCUCACUUCGAAGUGGCCUGUCGCCUUUGACCUGGCUGGCUCUGACUCCCCAUGCCGACUCGAAGGUGAAGUCGCCGACCUUGUGGUCUUGGGAGAAAUCCCCUCCGCUAUUGAUGGCACCUUCUAUCGAGUGAUGUGCGACCCCUUUGUUCCUCCCCAUCCCAACAACGUGCCCCUCGAUGGCGAUGGCAACAUCUCGGCGUUUCGAAUUCGCAAUGGCCGCGUGGAUAUGAAAAUGAAGUACGUCGAGACGGAACGUUACAUGCUUGAAAGACGAGCACAGAAGGCACUCUUCGGCCUCUACCGCAACCCAUUCACGCACCACCCAUGCGUCAGGGCCGCCGUUGACUCAACUGCGAACACAAACCUCGUCUACUGGGCCGGCCAUCUGCUAGCACUCAAGGAAGGCGGGCUGCCUUACGCCGUCGACCCAGAUACACUCGAAACACGUUUCCACGAUCCCUUCAAGAACCAGGUCAAGGCCAAGACCUUUACGGCUCAUCCCAAAUACGACCCGUACUCGGACGAGUUGGUCGUUUUUGGCUACGAAGCCAAAGGCCUCGCAACCAAGGACAUUGUCAUCUACGCCCUCGACAAAGAUGGAAAGAAGCAUGACGAGCAAUGGGUUGAGUCGCCAUGGUGCGCCCCAAUUCAUGACUGUGUCAUCACGCCCAACUGGAUUGUCCUUCUGCUUUGGCCUUUCGAGGCUAACGUGGCACGGAUGAAGGCUGGCAAGCAACAUUGGGCCUGGGAUUAUAACCUCCCAGCCACAUUUAUCGUCGUUCCCAGACGAAAGACCACGCCGCUUCCCACGGGCUGGAAACAAGGCGAAUACAGGGUCUACUCGUGGGAGAACAGCAUGCUGAUCCACACGGGAGGCGCAUGGGAGGGCAAGGACGCCAAACUCUACGUUGAGUCCUCGCGCGUGCAUGAUAACGCGUUCCCUUUCUUCCCUCCAGAUGAUGGGAGAAUGCCUGCACCAGAUGCAAAGGCCGACUUUGUUCGUUGGGAGAUUGACUUGACUCAACCAACUGGCACCAAGGUUCGAGACCCGCUCAUGAUCCUGGACGUGCCAUCGGAAUUCCCACGCAUUGAUGAGCGCUUCAUGACAAAGGAAACCGAGUAUGUAUUCCUCAACGUCUUCAUUCCCACUCAGUCGAACGGGGGCAAGAACCUCUUCCACGGCCUCAACGGCCUGGCUAUGCACAAUCACAAGACUGGGAAAACGCGCAGGUUCUAUGCCGGCGAUAACUCCCUCGUGCAGGAGCCCAUCUUCAUUCCUCGUUCUGCCGAUGCACCGGAAGGCGAUGGAUGGGUCAUCGCCAUGAUCGAGAGGCGUGACGCCAAUCGCAAUGACUUGGUUAUUCUUGACACCAAGGAGUUUGAGACGCCGAUUGCCAUCGUCCAGCUUCCUAUGCAUGUAAAGGCACAGAUUCAUGGGAACUGGGUUGAUGCAUCAAGUCUGGGAGAGUGGGUAAGCAUGGUUCGGGAGGUUCCUGAGGUCAAGAUCAGCAAUCAGGGCGCAUUGGAACCGCUGGGUUGA